AAUAUUUCGCUGAACAAAUUGUCCUUUAUAUUUUAUCGCAGAUAAACGAUAUUGUGCCGAUGCGACGCUCUAAAGGAGAAUGCUGUGUUAGAUAAAUUUUUAGUUACGACUUUUCGUACAUUAAGUAAGGUGUGGUAUAUAAAGUUUUUUAAAAUGGGCUACUUUUUAAUAAAAUACUGCUUUUUCGUACUAACAAUUUUGUUCCUGACAAAACCAUCUGCCGCAAAUAAGCGUUGCCUGGAAAUUAAAAAAUCCUACGAGAAAACCUGCAUGGAAUCAGAACACGAAAAUUACGUCCAUUGUGUCAGAGCCAGAAUGAAGAGACACCAACAAGAUUGCGAGUUGAGCGAAAGCUGCUUUGACUGUAACUGCGAUAGUUGCUCCUAUAGUGAAUGUGGAGGUAACUGUGAUUACUGUUGUAACUCUUGCUGUUCAAAUUACGUCCAAUGCCACACCAACCAUUGCUGUCAUAAACAGUGCCACUCUGAAUGUCGCAGCUAUAAUUGUAGGUCUGCCUGUCGACGGUCCUGCUACAACUUCGUAGAAAGGGAAAAAGAGGGUUUUGCGGUCAAUGAUAUUAGGGAAAGGGAGCGAAUUAUUGAAAAAAUUAUCCAAGCGGGAGUAAUUGGAAAUACUUCAACUAACGUAAAUAAUACUAACGUACACAAUAUCACUACUAUCAUAAAUUUAAAGAAUGUUCUAAAUCAUACUAAUAUUCUGGAUGUACCUAUUAAUCUAACGUAUACGAACAAAAAUAAUAUUACUCUUCAAGAGGGUGAUAUAAAUGGUAAUGGUGGAUGUUGCGUUGUUAUUGGUCCUAGACAGUGUAUUCCUUUACCAACUCCGCCAUAUUCAAGAUGUUUCCAUACGAGAUCAAAGCAAUGUGGAUCGUAUUGCGGAGCUAGUAUUGUACAUGAAGAAAAUCGACAAGUGUGUAAUUCAGUAAAUGGAUUAGGUCAGCCAAUUAAUUGUGAACAACAAAAAGCAUAUGUUCCUCAGCCUAAGCCUAGAUGUACAUAUACCAGCACCUGGCCUUAUGUAUCCUGUGGAAUUCAGCCAUCUGCAGAGUGCCAAGGUUGUUAUGGGCACUAUUUUAAUGCACAGGAUAAACAAUUCAAACUUUGCCCUCCACAAUGCUACGAUGACUUCGGCGUAGGCCCGCUAUACAGACAAGGUCCAUAUUACCAGCCAGGUUACAGUCACAUACCACCCUGUAUGUACAGCCCACAGGGAUGUGGUGGCUUCGGAGCAGGUUUUGGAUUUGGUGGAUCUGCUAUGAUGCCUGGAUUAGGAGGCUAUGGAAUGUUUCCUGGUGCAUCACCUGGAAUUCCUGGUUUUGGACAAACCGGGUUUGGAGGUUUCGGAUUGGGAGGGCCAGGGAUUCAUUUGCCACUAGGGGGUGGUCCCUUUGAUGCGACGAAUUUAGAUUUGUUUAAUGGUAACUUGACUUGGAAUGGUUUGAAUUUAACAAAAGUGAACAACAAAACAGAAUGGUUCCAACCUGAAAUCAUUGACUUGUUUAGUGGAAACCAGCAGCUCUACGGACCAAUGAAUCAAUAUCAACAAAAAGAGAUCGAAAUUGAUGUGGCUAAUUCAGAUUUAAAUGAUAAUAGAAUUUCACGUUAUAACCAGUAUAAAAGAGAGGCAGAUGUGCACCCCAAAAGAAUUGAAGAAGCAUCUUUACCUUCAAUUUCUAAAAAAUAAUUAUUUAACAUUUAAUAAGCAAACUUCUUUAAAUCGUUUUAGUUAGUGGUUAUAUGGGCAGAAAAUUACCUUUCUUAUUAUUAGCAUAAUUAAUCCUAUUUUAUAGAAGUUUUAAUUAAUAUUAUUUUUUCAAUGAAUACUAGGUUAUAGGUUUACACAGGUUAAACUUUGCGAGGUUUAUAGUAGUAAUUUUUUCAAAAAGCUGUAUAAGUUUUGUAUUGUUUCUUAAUUAAGUUUUUUAAUUUGCUUUGUCAAUUUUCUUUUUUUAAUUACGUCUGAAAUAGGAAAAUAUACUACGGACUAAUAAGGACAAGCAAAAGAAAUAAGCUAGUUAAAAUAUGAGUCACUUGAACAAAUUUUUAUAGUGACGAUUAAAAACUAUUUUAUAAAAUCCGAAUAAAUGUUGAAUUGUG